AGGACACUUCUUUUUCUUCUUCUUCUUCUUCUUUGUCGUUGCUGUACUUUUAGCUCUUUAAUAUUUCUCCCCUCUAUUAUCUCUUGUGUACUUAUAACAACAACAACUACUACUACAACCAAAAGCAACAUUCGACAUGGCCACCAUCUAUCAAAAUGCCGCAGGCGCACUCCACUAUCGCAAGACUGUUCAACGUCAAGAACGAGUCGCACCGCCACCUUCCUCUUCUUCUUCUUCCUCUUCCUCAGUCAAAAAGGCAUCCUCUGCAUCGCCGCCACCCGAUCAGCUCUUGGCCCAAAUUUCAACGAACGUUGCAGUGAUCGUAAAGUGUCCUCAGGAAGCAGGCUGUCUGGCACAUAAGCGCCUGCCCAGCCUAUCCAACUUCAUCCACCAGGUGUACACCAAGAGCCGUAUGACGCCCACGCUGCUUGUCGUCGCCUUGAUAUACCUCGAACGCCUGCAGAGAAAGCUUCCCAGCGGGUCUCAAGGAGAAUACGACACGCCCUACAAACUGUUUCUGGCCUCUGUCGUGUUGGCCUCCAAGUUCUUGGAGGACUCGUACCCUGUUGCGCGCAGCAUCCUGCGUGUCGUUGCUCCGGUCUAUUCCACCGCUGAGCUUGCAGUCAUGGAGCGCAGCUUCUUGGGUGUGAUCAAGUAUGACUUGUUUGUCAAGCUUGACCAAGUGUGUCAGUUCGUUCAAGACCAUGGUGAAUCCGUCAGCGUCUUGGAGCUGGAUCUCUAACAAAAUAAAACAACAAAUCAAGCAAACAACAACAAAACAGCACAUACGACGACGACGACGACACACUUAAAACAAAAGGUCAACACCAACAACAUCUAUCGAAUGUACAUAUCACCCCUUCCUUUUGGCUUUUCACUCACAAAAUAUAUAUAUACGACCACCACCACCUGCCACCACUCUUCUAUGCCUUUUCCUUCUUACCAGCUACUUCUUCUUCUCUUAUAAUUCCUUUCCUUUUUCUUUUUCUUUACACUUACGGUACGGGAUAUCGAUCUUUACUAUCUUCUCUUUCUAUGCACUUGUAUAUUUCUCCCCACCCCUCACCCCAAAAAUGACGGUCAGCGAAAUAUCAACAAAACAUAAUGCUGCUGCUGUACAUACAAACUCUUUGACCGUCAAAAAAGAAUAUAUACUCUCCCUCCUCCCCCCCCCCCCC